AUGGCUCGUACAAGAAUGAUGUCCAUGGAGGUAGUUGAUGCCGUUGAGAGUGUGUGGAGGUUGUUUUCAGUGGCUCUUAGGUUGGGGUCACUAUUGAUGCUCCUGGCCCAGACCAAGAGCACUAGCCCCGGUGCUUCUCCACCCCCCUCUGGCUCCACAUCCAAGAAGAGGACCG